AUGGCGCAAACAUACAAUCAAAAGAGGAACGUGUACAGCAUCGACCAGAUCCUGGGCCACGGGAAGGACGAAGAUCAUGCGACCUCGUCCGACGCGAUCGGUGAUGGCGGAGACACGGAACUCGGUCACUUGAGCGAUCACCAGAUAAACGAUGCUCUGCACGAUCCCCUGAAUCUAGGGGAAUCAGACCGGCCACGGAAGGUUCGAAGGUCCCGUACAACCUUCACCACCUAUCAGUUGCACGAACUCGAGAAGGCCUUCGAGAAUACACAGUAUCCGGAUGUAUUCAUCAGGGAAGAAUUGGCGAUAAGGUUGGAGCUGACCGAGGCUAGGGUUCAGGUCUGGUUCCAAAAUCGACGCGCAAAAUGGCGGAAGAAAGAGAAGGCGCUGGGCAGAGACACCAGUUUCAUGCACGCGGAACAAAGGGGUGUGAACGAGUUAUCCCUUCACGCUCGCUUGCUACAAACCGCCGGCGGUGUGCCAGGUGCGGAUCCAUCGGGAGGGCCAGCGGGUGCCUUUCCCUGGUUCAUCCCUCCGGUGUUCCCACCGCCGUGGCCGGCCAGCGCGCCGAAACUACCCCCCUUGCACGCGAUCUUGUCGCAGUACAUCGGACUACCCCUGCCGCAGAACUUGGCGUCGCUCGGUACGGUACUUCCGGUCGGCCUGAACCCAGCCACGUCGUUGAACCACAAUAACGUGAACGGGCACACGCUCGGGAGCCACUUGCACGGGCAUCCGUUGAACCUGGGUGUGCAGAAUCUACCGCAGAACCUGAGCUCGAAGCACGACAAGGAGGAGGACUCGGCCUCGUCCGACGACGAGAUCAGGAGGCAGAGCGCCGAGGUGCUCAGAGUGAAGGCGGAAGAGGUGCUACGCAAGGUGGACAAUUAA